AUGGCCCCCCAAAGGUCAGAGAAGCGGAUAAGAGACUGGAAUGCGUUUCUCCUCCAGCCGGAUCCAAAAGUCACGACUAACAAAGUCGGAUCGACAAAGGAACGGAUAAAGGGAAUUCAUCAUAACUUUCAGAAAUGGGUACAAGAACUUCCAAAUAAAGACUACAAAUAUUGGCUCGAAAACAUCACCCUGAGGGCCAUCCAAGGGUUCUUUGAAUGGUAUCUAGAUGAGCAUAACAUAAACUACAGGUCUAGCUUCAUGACAAUUGUGCGCUUUUUCAGAAUAUACUGGAUGGAUGAAAGGGGCGUUUGCCUUCCUUACCAACUUGGGAAAGAUAUUUCUUCGCUGGCACAAUCAAUGGCCAUAGAAUAUGAGCUCGACAAGACUGCCAAGGAACAACCACCAUUUAGUAUCAACGAGGUGUUCGUUGUCACGCGUCAUUUAGUGGCCGCUUGCGAUAUAGCAUUUCCCACGUUCCGGGUUCUUUUCCAAUUAAAUACACUCCGGAAAAUGAUGGUAUCUACUUCAGCCCGACCUGGGACCCUUGUGCUAUCCUCCUGUUACAAGGAGGAAAAUGAUGCGCUGAAAUGGAAAGAUAUUGAUCUUUACAUGGUGAAGCACCCCGAAUAUUCUAAUGCCCAAGUUCUUCUUAUGAGGGCUAGGCACAGGCUCAACAAAGGAAAGAGAAAUCAAGGGGCUCCGCCUACAUUCACUUAUACCGAAAGAAAUGACAAUCUCGGGCUUUGCGUUAUUCAGGACAUACUUAUGUAUGCCUUUCUUGAUGACGCAUUUGCAAGCCAGCAUAUCAAAUGCCCUCGAGAUAUUUGGCGCUUUACAACCGUUCCAGACCAUCGCCACAGCACACCUAUUCAUUUUAAGGAUAUCGGCUUUUCAUAUACUCAGGCGCAGGAAUACGAAAAAAAAGCUAGUACACAGGCUGGGUUCCCAGAUGAGGGAUCGCUCUAUAAAUACCGGAAAGGUGCAGCUGAAAACUUAAGGAACCUUGACGAGCACUCCCGUAAUAUAAUUAUGGGUCAUCGAAAAAGCGCAACUUUCUCGAAUUACAUGUCCGUCUUCAAUGACACUCAAUCGAUUUUUAUGCAAACUCCGACUAGGGAUUCUUUGUUGAAUCUCGCUUGCCAUGGAAAUCUAACACGAGAUGCAUCAGCGCCACUUCACCUGAACGAUGAGCAAAAAGAGUCUAUCGAAAUGGAUACCGAGCUACAAGACUUGAAAAGGGCGGCUAAGUCGAGCAAAGAUGAACUCAUAUCGGAAUUUCAUAAAUUAAACAAAGCGGAGGAAGCCUCCGAUCCGCGAUUCCGUGAACUGAAGCGAUUACAGCAAGAAAUCAGGACGAGAAGAAAGAAAUUAGUACGCCAGGCCCAAAAGGCUGCCCGGAAAGAAUUCUUCGAUAGUAUUGGGAACCAAAUCAUUGAGCAAAACCACCAUGGUACUCCGAUUACCUUCACACCAGACGUCAGUCAUAUACAACCGGAAAGAAUAGCCCUUGCCGAGCUUGAAUUCAAGAACAGGGAUGUCGAUACCAUUGAUGAUACGGAAUUGAUUGAAGACCGCAUUCGAUCUCUUGAGCUACGACUGAAAUUGAACAGCCUUCAUAUGCCGAAGGCCUUGAAAAACCGAGUUGUGUUUAAGGAUGGAUUGAAGGGAGAAUUGAAAGAAGUAGUGGUCCCCACAGAAAGCUCGUCUGGGCUAGAAUGUCCUGUGUGUCUGGGGAGCACUGGCUUGGAUCCCAAUGCCAGGCGCUACAAGUACUCACGAAAGGAUGUACUUCAGGCUCAUUUCAAGACUCAUCGCCUACCAUUCAUAUUUGAAAAGCGCGGUCGGAAAUGCGAUUGGCCAGGUUGCCCUGAAGUCUUUUUCACACUUGCGCGAUAUAAACUUCACCUUGCAAACAUCCACAAGAUUCCUUUAUAA